AUGGCUGUUCCCAAUGAGAGUUCCGAGGACGUCAAUGAUUUCCUUCAGCGCAUCCGAGAACUAGGCGAGCGCCGCGAUAAGGAAGACGAUGACCGCACCAAGAAACUAGAAGAAGAGAUCCUGCAGGGUCGGAAGGAAAGGCAAGCCCGACGAGCUGAGCGUGCACGAUCACUAGCCCUUACCGACGAUUCAUCCACCCUCAAUAUCGCACGACUGAGUGUUUCCUCUAUCAGCGCCCGGUCUAUCGAACCCCCAGAACACCUCGAGCCAACACCCCAAACAUCCCAAACAUCCCAAACCCCAGGAUCUGAGCCACCCACCCUGAGCGCCGUAGAUUCGAGUCAAGAUUUCGAAGCCUCUGACACCGACAAGCGGCGUGGAUCGAUCCCGGAUUUCGGAAUGGAUUCUCCCUCGCGGACACUGCCACCUUUGUCUCGUAGCCGAGCGGGGACUUUGUCAUGGCAGCAACGCCCCUCUUCGCGGGAAUUCGGCAUGUCACCCGGCUCAACAUCUCCAACUCGCUCCCCAACUCGCGCAAGCCACCUCAGAAAUUUGUCCACGGCAUCGGAUGAGAACACACUUUCUCGACUUCAAUUUGGGUUCCCGCGGUCCUCGAAGGAUGCCCCUGUGCUCCCUCCAUCGCCAGAUCAUGGGACUGGGUCAUUAGCACACAGGGAGAAGGAAGAACAGAGGGAGGUCCAAACAGACGUGGGUGUGGGGCACCAGGAGCCGGAAGUAAGUGAAGAAUCAAGUACCGAACUAGAUAAACUUGCGGCAGUAGAAGAGAGAUCAUCGUCGCCUCCGAGAACCGGUUCUCGCGAUAGCAACAUGAGCCAUCGCUUCUCUGUAUCAUCCGUUUCGGCCACUGGGCUGGGGUCGCCAGUGCACCUGUCAGAGACUCCAAAGCUCGAGCCUCGACAGAAUGAUCCCUCCUUUGAGGAAUCUAUGUCACCCUCUCCAACUCAGCGGCGGAUGUCACCAGAGCGAACACGGUCGACCUCACCUACCAAGGGUCUGGGAGGCUUUGUUCAGAGUGCGAUGAUGAGAAGAUCAGAUAGUGUGUCAAAAAGGUGGAGUGCGCAAGUUCCACAGGGGCUCGGGCGGUCAAAUUCCAUUGUGUCAAAUCGCAGCAGUGUGGGAGGUCCAAGUUUGAGUGAAAUGACCCCUCCAACUCUUGGGCGAAUUGGACGUGAACCUUCAACUCUCCUGCAACGACCAGGCUCCAGCCACAGCGAGGCACCCACCGAGACAACCGAACGACCAACCACACCGGCAGAUAAAGACAGUGUGAAUUUUGAAAGCACAGGAAAAUCAUUCCGACCUGGUCACUCGCGUUCUGCUAGCUCUGCCACCGCAGAAGGCGGCGACGCUCAAAGUCCAUUUACCUCGAAAACAAUGGACCCUAGGCGCUGGAGCCCCAGCAAGGCUUCUUGGUUGGAGAGUGCUCUCAACCGACCAGAACUACCACGACAAACCACCAGACCCCCAUCGCAGCCCAACUGGGCUAAAGACCGGCAAUCGCGAGGUAGCGUGGAUUUGGGACGAGUCAACAAUUUCAAGGAAGUCACCCCUCUCGGUUUGAUGCGAACACCCCCGCCAGGAACUCAAACCAAACUACCUGGCGUCUCUGGUCCAUCCCUUCCUACAAGUCCUAUUAAGGAUGGUGUUCCUGAGUCUCCAUCAGGAUUCCCUCUGAAGAAAAUUGGUGCCUCUGGUCCAUCCCUUCCUACGAGCCCUACCAAGGAUGUCGUUCCUGAGUCUCCAUUAGGAUUUCCUCUAAAGAAAGUCGGUGCCUCUGGUCCGUCGCUUCCUACAAGUCCUAUUAAGGAUGGUGUCCCUGAGUCUCCAUCAGGAUUUCCUCGGAAGAAAAUCGGUGCCUCUGAUCUGUCGCUUCCUGCGAGCCCUAUGAAGGAGGCAGCUCCUGAGUCUCCAUUAGGAUUUCCUCGGAAGAAAAUCGGUGCUUCUGAUCCGUCGCUUCCUGCGAGCCCUAUGAAGGAGGCAGCUCCUGAGUCUCCGUCUGGCUUCCCCUUCAAAAAGCCAAGCAUCUCGGGUUUAUCGAUUCACAGGAACUCUGCCUCAGAUCCUCCCUCUGAAUUCCCUUUCAAGAGGCCUGGUACCGCUGGAGGGUCAGUCAGUGGAAGCCCUGAAGGCAAGUUUAAAGCAGCACCUGAGUCUCCCUCGGGAUUCCCUUUCAAAAAGCCUAGUAGCUCGGGUUCAUCACUCCACAGAAACUCCGUCUCAGAGACUCCGGCAGAAUUCCCGCUCAAGCGGCCCAGUAUCUCUAGUCCAAGCCUUGUCAAGGAGACUGCCCCUUCUUCUCCGUUGGAGUUCUCAUCCAAGAAACCCAGUAUUUCUAGUCCCUCGAUCGAUGGAACACCCGAAGCAAAAUUGAAGGAGACAGUCCCACAAUCUCCAUCAGUUCUCGGUAGCCCUGGCCCCAGACAAACAAAAGAGGAAACUCCGGCUUCUCCAUCGCCUGUCGAUGAAGCUCUCAAUGCCCUAUCAGGCGGCGCACCGGCGGAGGAGCCUAAGCCUGCCUCUCCCGCUGGAAUGGAGAAUGAGUCGCAAGAACUACCGGCACCUGAAGAGUCCGAGCCUCAAUCUACUCCCACUCGCAGGGUCCCUCCUGACUCGUUGAGCCCCAAACCCAACUUUUCCAUCUCUACUUCCUCGCGGGGGCCAAUUUCACCCACGUCGAAACCACAAUCUCCUGUGGUGGACUUCCGAGCAAACCUACGGAAACGAGAAGUCGUCAAAGAUAACGGUGAUGACAAAGAACCAGAAUUUAAAAAUGUAUUUGGGCGCCUCAAAAAGACCGAAACUCGCAACUAUGUUGCACCCGAUGAGCUCAAGGGCAAUAUCCUACGAGGCAAAGCUGCCUUGAACAACACUGGCGGACCAAAGAAGACCGAGCGGGUUGAUGAAUUCAGGAGAAGCCUUGUGACACGCAAAGAUGAAAUGAAAGCCGGCGGAGGCUCCAUCAGACGGAAUACCGCCGGAGAGCAGGAUGCGCCGCAAAAACUGACUGACGUCGUCCCAGAAGCAAUUGCUGUUCGGCAAAAUAUGACCCGGGCAAAUAGCAUAAAGCAGGCACCUGUGGAUGAGCCGAUGUUGCCCGCUAAGACCUUCGGUUCUCGAACCUCACAGGAUAGACCACCAUUAUCGUCCCCGAAUUCAUCGUUUAAAAGUAUCGGUGGAUCGCGAGCUUCUCAGGAACUACAGCCAUUGUCGCCAUCUUCUGCCAACGAUGAGCCGAUGUUGCCCGCUAAGACAUUUGGUUCUCGAAGUUCACAGGACAGACCGCCAUUGUCGUCCCCGAAUUCAUCGCUUAAAAGUAUCGGCGCAUUGCGAGCUUCUCAGGAACCACAGCCGUUGUCGCCAUCUCCUGCCAACGAUGAGCCGGGCUGGCCCUUAAAAGAUACCGGUUCUUGGCGAGCGUCUCAAGAAUCGCAGCCGUUGUCACCGUUCCCUGCUGAUGAUCCCAUUGAUGAGCCAGAGGAGGCAAUCCCAGCGGCGAACGACUACAAGCAAACUCCCGAAAUUGUUUCUUCAGCGGAGCGGGAGGAUACCCGCGAAGACGUGGCACCAAUCGAGCCCAGCGUAGUGAAGAUGCAAGAACCCUCAGUCAAGACACUCCGCCCAGUUCGUCAAUGGCCACCGGCGCCUGUCACAGAUGCCACCGUGACUCCAACUCUAACAGCUAAAAGCAAGUUGGCGGGCCGAAUCAACCCUGCGCUAGCUGGCCUGCUUUCUCGUGGUGCGCCUGCCAGUGACGGACCGAACAAGCAGCUGUCAACCCCCGUUUCAACGCAGAGUGACCCUGCUUCGCCAUCCGCGCCUCUCACGCACAUCACAAAGGGUCGUGCCAGAGGCCCGAAGAGACGACUUCCCCAGACGACCGAUAUCCCGACCCCGUCCGCUCGGGAUGAUACUAAGGAGGUUGGUGCUAUUUCAUGCUCUGAAGCCACCCCGUCCCAGACUCCUACAAUCCCUGUUGAAUCCUUGGACAUCGAUUCGGAGUACCUGUCGCAGCCUGAUGAAACCCCAGUUCCUGACAUCAACCCCCGUUCAGACAGCCCAGUCACCGAGCAGCUUCCGGAUAUGAACACUCCUCCACAGGAUACCCUCGAACGCGAUACGCCCCAAAGCGGAUUUCCCCAAGCACUUCAGACCCGUUCCCUAACAACGGAUUUCGACAUUUUCCCCUCCGCCACCUUUGAGGCGACUUCCAGGGACCCCAAGAGUCCUGGAGAGGUGAGUCCAUCAAGCGGACCACCUGUCCCGCCGAAGUUCGACCAUCCCGCGUCCGAUCCUCCCACGUCCCCCUCGACUGUAACACCAAAGCCACAAUGGGGCCAGCAAAACCGGUUUGCGUCCUCAUCGCCAUCCCCUCUCCGAACAAGUCACAAAGAGAACCAAAUGGACUCACCUAUGAGUCAGCAGAAGAGCAUCCCCGGUGUUAUCGUCGAGUCAGCACGCAGUUCCGUCUCACGGCCCAUGAGCCAUCCCUCCCCACCAGUACCCCCUAAAGACGGUGAUGUUAUGAUUCCCAAGCCAACCGAUCCGCGCAGACUUUCAAGAAAGAUGUCUGCCCCAUCGCUGGUUGCGCAAGCUAGUGAGGCACGUGAGGUAAUUGCGGGCUUCUUCAAGACACUCCCCAACGCUCGAAACCGGAUGGACAUUGAUCCCCAGCUGAUGUUGAUGCGUAAGCCGGACGAUGUAAAGAUCAGGAUCAUGAAGCGACAGAUCUGGGAGCUUACCGGUGAUGGGAGGCGUCAGGAACUUCCUUCCCACCAGGAGUACAUCCUAUACCAAGGCAGCAUGUAUCUCUGCGUACACACAUUCGAGAACGGACGAAGCAGCACCUCGGAAGUAUACCUUUGGCGUGGAGACGAUGUCCCCGAAGCCUCGGUAGAGAAUGAACAGCCGUUCGCACGCAAGGUCGCUCGUGAGAAUAGCUCUAAGUUGCAAGUCAUUCGACAGGGCAAUGAGCCCACACGGUUCAUUCAAGCACUUGGCGGCAUUAUGAUCACGCGUCGUGGAUCCAGCUCUCGCCACAAUUCAUCGGCUCUCUAUAUGCUUUGUGGCCGGAAACACUUGGGCGAGAUGACCUUUGAUGAGGUGGACUACUCACUGCGCAACCUCUGCUCUGGUUUCCCUUACGUUGUCUCUGCUCCCUUUGGCAAGCUCUACCUAUGGAAGGGCAAAGGCAGUGGCCCUGAAGAAACCGGCGCAGCCCGACUUAUCGGCAUGGACCUAGGCCUCACUGGAGAGUUUGAAGAGGUCACCGAGGGCGAAGAGCCGGAGGAUUUCUUCGAUGUCUUCGCAGGCCCCCGGGAGGCCGCGCCGCACAUGUGCCAAGAUCACUGGCAGCUCAAGUCGAAAUACAACCACUUCCGCACACGACUCCUCCGGGUCGACCACGAACUGAACCCGCCAACGCGUUUCUGGAAUAUCCGUCGUCCGGGCUCAAGUUCACCAGUGGUCAAGGCAAACGAUUGCGUUCAAGAAAUCGAGCCAUUCUGCUAUCGAGACAUCACUGAGAAAGAUGUAUACGUUCUGGACACCUUCUUUGAGAUCUACGUGAUUAUCGGCGAGCAAGCCUCACAGAAGUCUGCCGAUUUCGCCUCGGCAGUGGUCUUCGCGCAUGAAUAUGGUAUCCUUGCCACAUCCCUCCAGGACCGACCAUUUAUCCCCAAAAGUUUCGUGGCCCUCGGCGGCGUGCCUGACCGCUGCCAAAGCGCAUUCCGCAAAUGGAACCCACGUAAUCAGCAUGCGCCUUUCGUGUUCUCUCUGGAUGUUGUUAUCGAAGCGAUUCGAGCACCAGAGAAUUGA